AUGAGUGAUUAUUUAAAAAUGACACUCCAUUGGUCAAGAAAGGGUGCACCACAUGGAAAUCUAUCUACCUAUCUUGAAACUUGUGCAGCAUUUGAGAAAGGUCCCAUUUGCGAUCAUUGUCAAAUAUAUGGUCACGGUCAAUUCCAUUAUUAUCAUGGUAAAUAUAAAAGAAAUUGUAUAUGUUUUAUCUGUAAACAGUCAAAGGAAAUCGCUCUUUUCUUUAAAAAACGAGCCGCGAGCACAAAACGUACCCACUUGUUAAAAUAUGGUGAGAUUGGUGAUUACGAUAUCGAUGAGGACUAUCUCAUUGAAUUGAACGAUGACCAAGGCCAUUUGUGUGCCGUCCUAAAGAUACGACUCCGUUUUGACAGCAAGGAACAUUGUAUGGCCAGCGUCGAUAGAAUCAACAACUCGAUCACCUACACGAAAAUGAAUGUCCGUAUCACUUGCCUCGAGGUAAACACCUCGGCAAAAUGGUCACCAUUUGAUAUCCAUUACCUCAUCGAAGGAUUCUUCCAACCUGAUCCGACAGACAGUCAACUUGAAUCGUAUUAUGAUGAGUACUCUAUGUUUGAGGAUCUGAAAACCGCCUAUGACUCGACCAAACCUGGUGCCAGCCGACGAACCCGAUCGCUCGAAGGAGAGAAAGAAAUCUCUUUCAUCUUUUUAGUUCUUUUGUAUUUCUUUCAAAAGGGUCGCAGUUGGUACACCCGUGCCAUUCUAGGUGUUCCUCCACACGAACGACACAUUACUCAUCAUCCAUCUGCCGCCUCUCCCGAGCGACUCAACGUAUUGAAGGACUAUACUCUCGAAAAUACGGUCUUGAUCGAUCUCCGAUGCCAAUCUUCCAACUAUCGUUCCACCUACACUGACCCAGAAGACUAUGAUGAAGGAGACGGUAACUGGACCGAGAUGAAGUUCUACUAUGUUAUGUAUGCCCAACAUUGCUGCCAUUCCAAACCACGUAUCCUUCCAAUGUACUAUGAAGAUUGGCUUGCCGACAACCAAGAGCUUGAAACCAUAAAGUUAAAGUUCUCAAAGAAGAACACAGACGAAUGA